AUGACCUAUCAAGUUCCUUACUCCUCGAGCCCGCCAUCAACACCAGACAGAAGAUCCAGCAAUGGCAGGAAUAUAUUUGGCUUAUCAAACCCUUCGACAACCCCGGCUGGGCCGCCGCCUUCUUCUGCCGGAUCUUUCACCCCAGCAGGUCCACCGCCAUCCUCUAUUCUUGGAAGCUCGAUGCUGGGUGCCAAUAGUCCUUUAAAGCCUCUCUCGUUUUCACAGCAAAGCACAUUCAGCCCAUCGCAAAGCAAACUCGACGCUUUCAACUCGUCUAACUUUUCGAAUUCGGCAAGCUCUUCAGCAACACCAAAAUACUCUGUUUUCCAACCACCCAAACAAAGAGGCUUCCACGCUCCCCACGAUAGUGAAGAAGAAGAAUAUGAAGAGGGCGAUGACACUGGAGAAUAUAUGGACGAGGAUGACGACCUUCGCCAAAGUCUCAAGGAAGAUUACACCCAGGAUACCAAUGCAAUGAUGGACGAUGAUGCUUCAUACGAAGAAGAUGAAGAUAUGAACGAUGAUCAAUCUGGCGCCAGAUCAAAUGGAUACGCGCAACGCAGCAGUUCUGACCUAUUACUUGGUACACCAGGUGCCCUGGUUAAAACUCAAGAAGAAGAUAUGCGAAGCUUGAAAGACUCAUUCUCAGCUGCGACGAAACCUUCCAUCUUCGGAAAGAUUGCCAAGGACAUGUACACACGGAUAGGAGUGCCGAACGUAGAGGAAUCGGACGACCUAGUUUUGGACACUGAGGCUAUAAUUACAAAUCUUUAUGAGGAGGGUAUUCAAACAGAGGGUGAUGACUCUCUACAGCAUACUUUAGGAAAGAUAUCUGGCGAGUUGACAAAUCUCUGGACCGACUAUCAAAGUAGAACCGCCACAUACAGUUCCGAAGAAUAUACAGCUACUAUCGGUCCAGGCCCCAGAGCCUCGAAUUUCGCGAAAGCCAACUUCUUAGCAGGCCUCGCAUUGAACAUUCAUCACUCAUUGGAUACCCUGGCCUCAAAUACAGCAAAAACCUUUCACCCAUCAGCCAUUCCGAGCCCAAGAUCCAAGGCUAUUCCAGGAGUGUUAGUGGAAUGGUUGGGCGCGUAUCAUGAUCCUUACACGUCACAAUUUGACGAAAUCCAAGUACAUAGGCCAAGUCCUGCUAACCAUCAGCUCUUCUGGGGUGCUAUAUUCAAUGGCAUCCUGCGUGGAAAAAUGGUUUCAGUCAUCAAUACUUUGAAGGAUGCCGGAUGGAGGCACGCUAGAGGUGGAAUGGACGACAUGAGAAAUCUGUCCGGCCAAGUGGGAUUUACAGGACAAUCUUUAAUCAACAUUGAGAAAGUCGCUAGCGCCGCAGUCGUUGCUCUCUCAACGUGUCCCGGAAUAGACGGUGAUUGGAACACCCGGGGAAGUGACUGGACUUUGUUUCGUCUACGGGUCUCACAAUCUCUUGAAGAUCUGAAAAACUUCGCCGAAGGAAAAGACAGAGGUCACAACGCAUCGACAGUCUCAGAUAGAUUUGGCAAGUCAUCUAUGGGUACUUAUAGUACGAUCGCAAGGAAAGCUGAAAGCCAGGUACCGUGGAGUAUUUACCAGAAUUUCUUGACUUUAUACAGUCUUGUAUUGGGAGAUUCUGCUGCUGUCAUUUCAAAUGCCCAGGAUUGGUGUGAAGCCACCGUUGGCUUGGUCCUGUGGUGGGAUGGAGGCAAAAACAAUCGACGCUCAUAUUUGGGCCAAUCUCGUGAUAACGGGGUUUACCUACGUAGGCUUCGAGAGGCACUUGCGCUCGUGACGGGCGACACAACAGAUUUCCAAGUCAAUACGUUGAAUCCCGUCGAAGUUGGCCUGGCUUCGCUCAUCGAUGGAGAUAAUGAGGCAGUGGUAGGGUUCUUACGAGCCUGGUCCGGCCCGGUCUCUUCUGCAGUCGCCGAAGUUGCUUCCAUUGGAGGUUGGCUUCCACCAGCCGAGCCACAGAGCCUCAUCAACAUGGGAAGCUUGGACCAGGACGAUAUGGAUCUGCUUGGAAUCAAUUCUUCACCCUCUAAGACAGACGGCAUCAAAGAUCAGACCCUUAUCAUUUAUGCUAGGUCUUUGACCAACCGAGGAGAACUUCAGUCUACAGCUGCAUCUCAAACCCGGCAACAAAGUAGAGAGGGAUGGGAAUUGGCAAUUGCUGUUCUAGGUAGGCUUGACUCAGUUGCUCGUUCUGAGGAAAUGGUGGGAAAUUUCUUGAGCGAUUUCCAUUUGGAUUCUGCAGGAACAGUUGACAAGCUUUGGGUUCUCCUAAUUGAUAUUGGCAUGACCCGCCAUGCUGAAGCUUCGGCAGAGUCAUACGCUGAUAUCUUGGCGGAAGACUCACAUAAUUAUGGCGAGGCACUCUGGUAUUAUGCACUUGCUCAUAAGGAGACCAAAGUCAAAGAUGUCUUGGACUUACUCAUCUCCUUGUCACUCGUUCAAUCAAUGGCAUUUCCUCCGGAUGCCGAAAUGGAUAAUUAUUUAAGGAGUCUGGUAUCAUCCCCAAAGACAACGCUUACGGACCUCUCGAAGAUGGAUGUUCCAGCAGCGGAACUUCUCCACAAACUACUUAGCGGUUAUGCUACAUUACGGAAAUUCUACGAUUUGAGAGAUGAAGAAGUCUUGUUACCGAAAGGCCUGAAGCCUCAGAAGGGUGCCGUUACACGAAAAUCGGAAGCAGCAGCAGCCUUACUUGCUGUCAUUACCAGUUCUGACGACAAUAUCCGAGGUGGUCUUUAUGAUGAGGAGCGUGGUGCUGUUGUCAGCGUAGACUUUCUCCUGGCGUUAUUGGGAGAGGCAAUGGUCUUUGUCAACCAGCCGAACUUGACAAUCAGUACGUCACAGAUUGAUAUCCUAUUGAAGGCCAUCGAAGACAUUCAAACAGUCGGACCACGGGUGUAUUCAGCUUGCAUGGAAUUUUUGCAAACUGUCAUUGCGUCGGCAACGGGACUCAAAGGGUCAUCUCCAACGGACAUGUUGAGGAAGUCGACGUCAAACACAAGUGGUACGAGCAGUUUUUCGAUGGUUGGCAGCUCAAUGCUUGCUUCUCAAUUAAAGCAGUCGAUGGGAGGUAGCGGGGUUCUAGUCAAGGGCAAUAUUAAGCGUGGAUGGGACUGGAGACGUGGUGUCUCGGCUGGGACCACUGGAGAUGAUGUGCUGCGAAUCCUAAGACUUGGAUUAGCAAAGGACCUAGCGAAGGCUUGGCUCUUGGAGGCAGAUGGUACAAUGUAA